UAGAGAGAAAGAGAGAGAGAGAGGGUGAUAUAAAGACGGAGCCCUGAGCUGGGACGGGCACAGCCCAGCUCGGAGACAGUGCGGGAAGUUUGGCAAAGUUUUGCAGCGACUGCUUGUGUUGGGCGACGGAGCGGAGAGGCACCGGAGGCGGCGGCUGGUUGAUUAUUUGGAUGCUCCCACUCAGACCCACUCACUCUCAACUCCGCCAUGAGUGAAAUUGCCAUUGACCAGUCCAAUCUACCUCGGGUCCGAGAAGUGUGCCGCGGCUUUGCAGUCUUGGAGGACAGCGCCCUGGCGCACAAUCUCCAGGAGCAAGAGAUUGAACAGCACUACGCCUCGAACAUCGAGAAGAGCAAGCUGGUGCGGCGGGACGUGCGAGUGGCCAAGAGGCUGCAGGAUGAGGAAGAGAUGGAGGCCCAGCACUACAGCCGGGAGGAGCAGCAGCAGAUCAGGGAGCUGGACUCGCAGUACGCCAGAGUUGUUCAGGAGGAGAUCCAGAAGCGAGUUGUGGAGCGUCAGCAGCGCGAGGCCCAGGACAAGGAAGUGGCCAGGAGGUUGCAGGAAGAGGAGGAGCUGAGGAACCAGAGAGGACUCACACCAGAGGCUGAGGUGUACGGGGCCAGAGAGGAGGCACACCGGCAGAAGGGGAAGAGGCAGUGGCGUGGGCAGGAGGUGGACUCCCUGGACAGGAAGGUGUCGGAGCUGAGUAUCGGCGAUACCUGCAGCACAAAUGAGGAACAACUGGAGAGGGACGAAGCAUUGGCGCGUCUCCUCCAGGAGGAGGAGGAAGUGAGGAUGGUUCAGCUGAAAUCGAAGAGCCAAAAGAACCAGGAAGAGGACUUCCGCACGGCACAGGUGGCCCAGGAUGAGGAAAUCGCCCGCUACAUCCAGAGGCAGGAGCUGAAAGCCCACAAACAGUCCAAGGGGCUGGGGAGAGCAUGUUCCGACGACAGUAACGAUUCCUCGGGCAGGUGUGAGAGACGGAGCCGGGCGGGCAUGUCGCGGCAGGAGCGGCUGAACUCGGAAGGACUCCCGAGUCCCGGCAGCGAGCGGAGUGCGGAGAAACGGGGCCCACCCACGGAACCGCGGCAAGAGCCGCUGCCCAGGUCCACGUUUUCCAGGAACAUCGCCGAGGAACUCGACCCAACCUUCAAACCCAGAACCGCCCAGAGUCCGCCUGUCUCCCUCCGGCCCAUCCCACCAGCGUUGCCGCCCUCACGGGCCGAGCCGCCGGACAAUUUCUACCACUACCCGGACGAGCCCGCGGUGCCCGUCUUUGUCGCACCCACCCGGCGGCGGGAGGAGCGCUUGUUGCAGCAGAAGUCCAAGGAGAAGAAGGAAGGAUGCAAGCAGCAGUGAAAGGCGUCGGCGCCCUGAAUCGUCAGCUAGGCGGCUGUCCCACAGCCUCUGCCACACGCGUGUGCACACAUGUCCCACACACACACACACACACACACACAUAGUGCACACAUGUCCCACACACACACACAUGGUGCACACAUGUCCCACACACACAUGUCCCACACACACACAAAGUGCACACAUGUCCCACACACACACACAUGUCCCACACACACACACAUAGUGCACACAUGUCCCACACACACACACAUAGUGCACACAUGUCCCACACACACACAAAUGUCCCACACGCACAAUGCUGGAGGCAGCAUCUCUGGUGAGAAUGAACGGCUGCCUGUCCCGCUGAGUUACUCCAGCAUUUUGUGUCACCAGCCAACACAGUUUGCCUGCAACUCCCAAAAAAUUUGCCUUGCUCCACAUUUCUGGGGGCAGAGUUCGUGACGAGUCGUCGGGCUGAGGGUGGGAGCUGAGAGCACCGGCUGGUCCCGGGGAGAGGCGAAGGCGGACUCUCCGGUCGCCGCGUUCCUCGCAGCUCCCGCGGUGGGCCAGACAGGCAGUGGCGAGCCCAUGAUAUCACUGCCGGGGCCGCCGCUCCCAGUGCCCACUCUCGCCAGCAGAGGCCGCACCAGACCUGGCUGCUCCUCCUCCUCCCCACGUCCCGGGCAACGUGUCCCAUCCACCGGCUCACAUCCUCACCCAGAGCCGACAGCAUCUCCCUCUACUCGGCUGCCCAAGGGCAACGGCUCAACAUUCCACCCCGUUCAUCCCAGACUUUUCUGAUGUAUUUAAUAAUGUUAGCAUUUCCAUCUCGAUCAAUACUUUGGACAUUGAGGAAGGGGUUUUAAUCUACAGAUGUCCCCAGAAGUGUACGUCAGGACACACGGAGAGAGUUUUGCUUUGUAUCCAGCUCCUGUAUCCAGUCCUGGGAAUGUCUCAACGCAGAGAUUACUUUCCAGAAUUUCUAAACUUCCCUUAGCUGUCUGUAUCUGUUGGAUUUAUUUAUUUAGCUGCUUCCCAGAAACAUUAACUGUAACCAGUGAGCUAAGCUGAAUGUACCAGCAUUUUGAGUACUGUAGUGCCCAGAGAUUUUCGUUUGGUGUUAUUAGUGCGGUCAAUUAAGGGGUUUGUGGGACAGUAAACACACGGACAGGGGAAAUAUUGUGGAUUUUAAAGAUGUCUUGGUGCAUGUGAGACGUGAAGAGAUGUCAUGGGCCAUGCUGACAUUGUAACAGCCAUGUUACAUACAUGUCCAUGUUUAAGUGUCCGUGUCUGGUCAAUCUUGCAUUCCCCGCUGUCCGUGUGGUCACCCGGUCAAUGCAGCCUCACGGAGACCACUCCUCUCGUCCCGUUCCCUCGACUCCCACCUCUGCAGCAGUGGGCAUGUCCACCUCCACUGCAAGGAGUGCUGGCUGAAGAGAUGAGGUCAACAGCAGGUCUCUCCAAGAGUUCUCCAGCGCAUUUUUGUUUAGAGGGUGAAAAGUCAAAUAAUAGGAUUUCCUCACACCACAGUUUUCUCUGCCGCCAAGAUGUACUUCACCGAACCUGGGCCAGGUUUGUGAGGAACCUCUCUCUAAAACCUGCCUAAGGAUGGUGAACCUAAACAGGACAAUGGGAAGGAACCGAUUCCUUUGUCAGUGUAGAGCUCACUUCAGUGGCCAGUGGAUGCCGCUAUUGGUCCUGAUGGAUGGUCGACUUGGGUCCCAAGCCUCCCUCCACCCUCCCCAGCCUCAUGUUCAGGAGACCUCAACAUCUCCGAGUGCAGCGGAGCCCGGGGGCUCUUUAAUUACCGUCGCCAUGGAAACCAUCUCCAUGCCAGUGGGGGCUGGCACGCACUGGCAAUGUGUUUGGAAAGUUCUCGGGGAGUUCUGGGGAAAGUUCCAAGUUCCUGCAUUGUGUUCGUUUUUUUUUUUAGAAAUCCCAAUGUCUAUCCAAUUUCUUCUGAAAAUAGGAAUGGUGGAAAAGCCCCAGUCUGAGGUCUGGCCACUCAGUCGUUUUUCAAUCAGAAUUCUUCCCCAAUCUCCAAGGUUCAGAGUCCUUUGUCCCUUUGUCUCUCCUUUAAAACUCUGUGAAAAUCUUAACCCUAUGAGACAUGACCUGUGACCUCAUUCACUGACCGCUGAACCCAUGACCUGUGACCACGUUCGCUGACCUUCAGCCGGAUAUAAAUCUGCCCCCAAUCCCAAAUGGCAACUUUCAUUCCAGUGUUUCAUCAGUCCCACUUUUAACAUUUCCUUCACAUUUACAUGCUUUCUUGUUUUUUUAUUUAUUUCCAUUUUCCUUCCUGAUUUCGAACCCCUAAUUUGAUAACUGCCCUGUUCCAGAGUUUGUACGCAAUCCCAGGUCACAGAUUCUAAAUUGUGCACCGAGAACCUCUGGAAUGAAAGGAAAUGCAGGUGAAGUUCUGCCUUGCUCUCUCUAAAACUGCCAGUUCCCUCCAAGAGGGAAACUAUGCCUCUCCAAUUUCUUUCAAGUCAGCCUCCUGACUUCUCCUGGCAAGAGAUUAGGGAGGAGUGGGCACAGAAUUUCUUAAAACCCAUUAAAACAGCCCCUCUCGGAAAGUGACAGAGUCUUCAGUCUGAGGAUCAGAGAUGUUUUGGAAAGAGGUUUUACAAUUCCCCUUGGUUUGGGGCCAGAUGCUAAUCGGUUUUCCCUUCUCUAUGCCAGUGAUUUUGUAUUUUAUUUGACUAUGUGUUACUCUGUACAUAAUUAAACAAUGAAAGCAUUCACAUCCAG